CCACAGUCGUAAGGGGCGGUGCUAGAGGUCUGGCUGGUAGCGGAAGUAGCCCUCCGAGGUUUUUUUGACGCUUGUGUCAGGAGCAUCUUCACGUUUUGGUUCAGAGAGGACUCAGGUUUCUUUGUGUCUCUGGGGAACCCCUGAGCCAGAUCUUCCUUCAGACUCCAGCUCACCUCUCCCCCUCAGCUUUGUUUGAGUUCAUAGAUGUCCGCCAAACUUUAGGCGCCUGAGAGAAUAAAGGUUGAGACCCAGCAUGACCAUGCCAGCUAUUUGGACCUCUUCCCAGAAAUGCCUGGGCCUGGCUUCAGAGGAACAUGGAAGCUCACGUGAGGGAUCAGUAUCCUUCAGGGAUGUGGCUGUAGAUUUCAGCAGAGAAGAGUGGCAGCAACUAGACCUUGAUCAGAAAAACUUGUACCGGGAUGUGAUGCUGGAGACCUAUAGCCACCUGCUCUCAGUAGGGUAUCAAGUUCCUGAUCCAGAGGUUCUCAAGUUGGAACAAGGAAAGGAUCCAUGGGCAUUGCAGGGUGAGAGCCCACAUCAGAGCUGUCUAGAAGAAUUGUGGCAGAUCAGUGACCAGAUAGAGAGCUAUCAGCAAAAAGAAAACAAAUAUGUAAGAGAUGUUGCUUUCAUCAAAAAAAUAUUGACUAUCAAGAGGGAUUAUGACUGUAAGGACAUUAAAAAAAUAAUUCAAGUGAGCCAGAACAUUCCUUCUCCAAAGAAACCCCAUCAAUGUGACUUAUUUGGAAAUGCUUUGAAGCAUAAUUUAGAUUUACACAGUCAUAACAGGAACAGUGGAUCAAAGAACAUUAAUAAGAUUACAGAAUAUGGUAAAAUUUCUUCCUAUACUGAACAUGAGUAUACUCCAACAAGAGAGAAAUUUUGGGACCAUAAUCAAUGUGGAAAAAUCCUCAGCUAUAAACAAGCACCCUCUCAACAUCAGAAAAUUUAUACUGGGGAGAAAUCUUAUGAGUGUGCUGAAUUUGGAAAUAUCUUCACCCAGAAGUCACAACUCAAGGUACAUUUGAAGGUUCAUACAGGAGAAAAACUCUAUGUAUGUAUUGACUGUGGGAAGGCAUUUGUACAGAAACCAGAAUUCAUUACACAUCAGAGAACCCAUACUAGAGAGAAGCCCUAUAAAUGCAGUGAAUGUGGGAAAGCCUUUUUCCAAGUAUCUUCUCUUUUCCGGCAUCAGAGAAUUCAUACCGGAGAAAAACUUUAUGAAUGCAGUGAAUGUGGGAAAGGCUUCUCUUAUAACUCAGAUCUUAGUAUACAUCAGAAAAUUCAUACUGGAGAGAGACACCAUGAAUGCAGUGAUUGUGGCAAAGCAUUCACGCAAAAGUCCACACUCAAGAUGCAUCAGAAAAUUCACACAGGUGAAAGAUCCUACAUAUGUAUUGACUGUGGACAGGCCUUCAUCCAGAAGACACAUUUGAUUGCACACCGAAGAAUUCAUACUGGAGAAAAACCAUAUGAAUGCAGUAACUGUGGGAAGUCCUUCAUUUCCAAGUCACAACUGCAGGUCCAUCAACGAACUCACACAAGAAUGAAAACCUUUCUAGAUAAUGAAUAUGGGACAGUUUUCACCAAUAGUUUCAAUCUCAAUACACAUAGGAAAGUUCAAAUUAGGGAGAAAUCUUCUAUAUGUACUGAAUGUGGUAAAGCCUUUACCUACAGAUCAGAGUUGAUUAUACAUCAGAGAAUUCACACUGGAGAAAAACCUUAUGAAUGCAGUGAUUGUGGAAAAGCCUUCACUCAGAAGUCAGCACUCACAGUGCAUCAGAGAAUUCAUACAGGAGAAAAAGCAUAUGUAUGCAUGAAAUGUGGUUUAGCCUUCAUCCAGAAGGCACACUUGAUUGCCCAUCAAAUAAUUCAUACAGGAGAGAAACCUUAUAACUGUGGUCACUGUGGGAAAUCCUUUACUUCUAAGUCACAACUCCAUGUGCAUAAACGAAUUCACACGGGAGAGAAACCCUAUAUGUGCACUAAAUGUGGGAAAGCAUUCACCAACAGGUCAAAUCUCAUUACACAUCAGAAGACUCAUACAGGAGAAAAAUCCUACAUGUGUCCUAAAUGUGGCAAGGCCUUCACACAAAGGUCAGACUUGAUUACACAUCAGAGAAUUCAUACAGGGGAGAAACCUUAUGAAUGCAGUACCUGCGGAAAAGCCUUCACCCAGAAGUCACACCUAAAUAUACACCAGAAAAUUCACACUGGAGAGAGACAGUAUGAAUGUCAUGAAUGUGGGAAAGCCUUCAACCAGAAAUCAAUACUCAUUGUGCAUCAGAAAAUUCAUACGGGAGAAAAACCUUAUGUAUGCACUGAGUGUGGAAGAGCCUUCAUCCGAAAGUCAAACUUUAUUACUCAUCAGAGAAUUCAUACUGGGGAAAAACCUUAUAAAUGCAAUGAUUGUGGGAAAUCCUUCACCUCUAAAUCUCAGCUCCUUGUGCAUCAACCAAUUCACACAGGAGAAAAACCAUAUGUGUGUGCUGUGUGUGGUAAAGCCUUUAGUGGCAGGUCAAAUCUCAGCAAACACCAGAAAACUCAUACUGGAGAAAAGCCCUACAUCUGUUCUGAAUGUGGGAAGACCUUCAGACAAAAGUCAGAGCUGAUUAUACAUCAUAGGAUUCAUACUGGAGAGAAACCUUAUGAAUGCAGUGACUGUGGCAAAUCUUUCACUAAGAAAUCACAGCUCCAAGUGCAUCAAAGAAUUCACACAGGAGAGAAGCCUUAUGUAUGUUCUGAGUGUGGAAAGGCCUUCACUGACAGAUCAAAUUUGAAUAAACACCAGACAACACACACUGGAGACAAACCCUAUAAGUGUGUAGUCUGUGGGAAAGGCUUCGUUCAGAAAUCAGUGCUUAGUGUGCAUCAGAGUAUUCACAUUUGUGUAUCUGACCUGCAUCCUUCCCCAGAACGCACAGGUCAGUUCUAUGUCUCCUUACUAAGCCUCCUCCUGGGUGUGAGUGGAAAACUGCCUUCCAACUGCUUCUGCACAGAACAGGAGCACAACAGGGCAGUUUCUAAGCGACAGGUCCACCAGUUCCUGGGAGAGCCGGAGUGGCUCUUGGCAGUUGGCAGGCAUAGGCACUGGGCUUUAGUGACCAAGCUGGUUGCUAAGAGAUGGGUCUUCCAGGAUCAGGGGGAGUGGGUGUUCCCUCUGGUGUUGGAAAACAAAGAAUUUACUAAGUUCCCUGCGUGCCCUGAACACCUUUGGUACCUACCACCUUACUGGAAAGGCUACAGGACCUCGGACACGUCUGUAGAAGGCCUUGUCAGUCAGCUGAGGCAAAGAGCUGUGUCAUUCAAGGAUGUGGUAGUGGGCUUCACUGAAGAGGAGUGGCACAGGCUGAAUCCUGCUCAGAGGGCCCUCUACCGGGAUGUGAUGCUGGAGACCUACAGCAACCUUGUCUCAGUGGGUUAUAAAGGCACCAAACCAUAUGUGAUCCUCAGACUGGAGCAGCAAGAAGCACCAUGGAUUUGUGAGGCCGCAUGCUCAGGCUGCCACUGUCGGGAAAACAUUUGGCAAGUUAAUGUCCAGAGAAAAAGACGGCAAGACACACUUUUGAGGCAAGGUACAUUUAUCAGCAAGAAAACAUUGCCCAAGGAAAGAAGCCAUGAAUAUAAUAAGUUUGGGAAAAUUUCACAUCUGAGCACGGAUCUUUUUCCUUCAGUUCAAAACCCCAAUACCCCUUGUGGGAAGAGUGUGAACCAUAAUUUAGACUUGAAUGGUUUUAAGAGAAACUCUUCAAAAAAGCGAGAUGAAUGCUAUGGAUAUGGGAAAUUGUUACAACAUACAAAGCAUGAUAGACGACCUAAUGGAGAAAAACUCUGGCAGUGCAGUCACUGUGAGAAAGCUUUCAGCCAUAACCCAACACUUAUGUAUAAACCAGCAGUAACCAAUUCUCUUGUGUACAAACGUAAAAGGGUUCCACCUACAGAGAAACCCCAUGUCUGUACUGAGUGUGGGAAAGCCUUUUGCUACAAGUCUGAAUUCAUUAGGCAUCAGAGAAGUCACACUGGGGAGAAGCCAUAUGGGUGUACUGAAUGUGGAAAAGCCUUUUCACAUAAGUCAACCCUUAUUAAACACCAGAGAAUACACAGUGGGAUAAGACCCUUUGAGUGUUUUUUUUGUGGGAAAGCCUUCACUCAGAAGUCACACCGCAAAGAACAUCAGAGAACACAUACAGGUGAGAGACCUUUUGUGUGCAAUGACUGUGGGAAGUCAUUUGGUGAGAAGUCAUACCUCAAUGUACAUCGAAAAAUACACACAGGAGAAAGACCCUAUCGUUGCAGAGAAUGUGGAAAAUCCUUCAGUCAAAAAUCAUGCCUCAAUAAACACUGGAGAACUCAUACAGGAGAAAAACCCUAUGGGUGCAAUGAAUGUGGCAAAGCUUUCUACCAGAAACCAAACCUCAGUAGACAUCAGAAAAUUCAUGCUAGGAAGAAUGCUUAUAGGAAUGAAAACCUAAACCUUGUAGGAAAGCCUUGAGCAAGAUAUCCUAUUUCAUUAUAUGUGGAGGAAUUUAUCCUUAGGGGAUAUAUCAUUGAUUUAAUGAAUUUGGACCAAGUGUUUGAUCAUAAGGCAAGUCAUGCUCCAAUUGUGAUAGAAAACUUUAUAAAAAACAUUAUAGAAAGUACUUUAUAAAACAUGAACAUGGAGUUCCCGUUGUGGCUCAGUGGUUAACAAAUCCGACUAGGAACCAUGAGGUCUCGGGUUCGAUCUCUGGCCUUGCUCAGAGGGUUAAGGAUCUGGCAUUGCCGCGAGCUGUGGUGUAGGUUGCAGAUGUGGCUUGGAUCCCUCCUUGCUGUGGCUCUGGUGUGGGUUGGCAGCUACAGCUCUGAUUAGGCCCCUAGCCUGGGAACCUCCAUAUCCCGUGGGAGCAGCCCAAGAAAUGGCAAAAAGACAAAACAAAAAACAAAACCCAAAAAAACCACAUGAACAUGAUCAUUCUGGCUGAUCAAAGUGUAAAAGUAUGUUAAAUAGAAUAACAGAAUACAAAAUAUGUGUGAGAAAGUUAGAGGUAUAUCAUGGGGUGUCCCACAGUGAGCCACAUAAUAAGCACUAUAUGUAUUUUAGAAUUACAAAUGUGAAUUUAAUAUAAAUGAAGCACACAUAUAGAAUGCCAUUCACCAAAAUUUUUACUCUAAAUAUCAGCAUUGUCUUUUGGUGUCUUAACAGUACAAACAACAACAACAAUAACAUGGCCAACUAAUUUUUAAAAAGCUUUAACAUAUUAUACCAGCACAUUUUCUCCACCUUUUUGUAAUAAAUGUAUAUGGCCAGUAACAUUUGUUGUUGGGCCCUUUUCUGAACCAUAAAUAAUGUUUUUUAAUGUCUUUUGUUAGCCAAAAACUUUGUUAAAUGUUUUUAAUUUUAAAAAGCCACUUAUUUUGCCUUUAUUAUGUUAACAUAUUAUUAAAUAAAAAAAUAAUGAACAGAUUAUUUGUUUUGCCUUUUUUUAAUGUUGAAAAGGCAAAACUAAGGAAUGGUUUCACAACCUGAUAAUUGAGGAAACAAAAUGCUACAAACUAGAUGACUUAGCACUCUCAUUAUUUAAUAGAAAGUCAUGUGGUCCUGCUAUAUUGUGUACUAUUCCUAUUGUCUUAGUUUUGUUUAAAAUGCCUUGCAGCAAAUUAGUUGGAAAGACACUUUUUAUAUGAGUCUUAUAAUUCAGAAAUAUUUCAUGCACAGACCAAUGCAGGAGAAUUCCUCCCUUCCUCCCUCUCUCCCUUCUUCCCUUCCUUCUGAAAAUUAUUUCAGCAACACUGACUUUUCUUCCCUGUAAAUUUCCCUCUGAUGUCCUGGACACUAAAUUCCAAGUUUUUUCGUCAUUCCAAUUCCAAGUCCACUUUCUUAAGCUGCCAUGUCAUCUAUAUAAGAAAAAGCCAUAUUGUUCAAGAUUUGCCUCCCUGUAAGAAUGCCUGAUCUAGGAGUUCCCUCAUGGUUCAGUAGGUUAAGGAUCCAAUAUUGUCAGUGCAGCAACUUUGGCAGCUGGUGUGGUGCAGGUUCAACCUCUACCUGGGAAGUUAUACAUGCUGUGUGUGCAGCCAAAAAAAAAAGAAUGCCUGAUCCAGAAUAAGAAAGGAAAUGUAGGAGUUCCCACUGUAGUGCAGCAGGUUAAGGAGGAACCAGAAUUGUCUCUGAGGCUGCACAGAUUCAACCCCUGGCCCUGCACAGUGGGUUAAGGAACCGUUGUUGCUGCAGCUGUGGCAUAGGUCACAGCUCCAGCUCGGAUUCGAUCUUGGCCCUGGAACUUCUGUAUGCCUAGGUGCGCCCAAAAAAGAUGCCAUCAACAGUCAAUAAACAAUGAUUUGGGGGAAGUAUUUGCAGAGCCAGUCAGAGAAAAAGUGCUCUUCAUAAUGACAGAAAAGAAAAAAAAAAAACCAAUAGCAAAAUAUGAAAAGAAUGGACAGACAGUUGAGAGAAGACCAAAUCCAAGUGGUUGAUGGGGUUAUCAAAAAAUGCUUAGCUUUACUGAUUGUUGGAGGAUGCAGAUUAAAGUUAUAAAGAGAUAACUAUGCAAUCAAGCUAAGGAAAAACAGCAGGAAUGCUUUAGAUGUCAGAACAAAGCUUGUUCUUAGGCACUGCUGGUAGAAACAUUACAUACUUACGGCUCAUUUGAAAAGCAAUCCACAACAUCUGUUAUAAUUUAAAAUACAUAUGCCACUUUGGGGAAUCUUCUCUUAGAAGUAAAAGCCCAGUACAUAAAGGACGGAUUGUUCCUAGUGGCAAAAUACACUAGAAUCAAAACAAAUGCCCAUUGGUAGGGAAAUUAGAAGAGGGAAGCAACUAUAGUAUAUCCAUUACAUAAGAUGUUUCAGUAGCCAUUAAGGUGGACAAAUCAGUACUAUCUAUGCUAGUGGACUUGAAUGGAAUUCCACAAUGUUUUUUUGAGUGAAAAAAGCAAGGUAGAAGUGAAUGUGUAAAAUAUGACUCUGUUUUUGUAGAUGCCUCUAAGUGUUUAUGAGUGAACAUGUAUCAUAUAUAUUUGUGUAAGAUUUUAUAUGCAUGGAGAAAAGUAUAGAAGCGUAUAUACAUUGGGUUGGAGGGGGGUGGGUGAUGCAGGUGGGGAAUGGGGAAGUCAGAGAGAGAAAAUGAAAGCCCAGAAGAAAAAAAAUUGAACCAAUAUGAUAUGUCAAAUGCGUGAUUAAGAAAUUAGAGGAGGGGUCCCAUUGUGUCUUAGUGGGUUACAAACCCGACUAGUAUCCAUGAGGAUGCGGGUUUGCUCCCUGACCUUCCUCAGUGGGUUGAGGAUCCAGCGUUGCCAUAAACUGUGAUGUAGGUUAUAGACUCGGCUCGGAUCCUGAAUCGGCUGUGGCUGUGGCAUAGGCCGACAGCUGCAGUUCCAAUUCAACUCCUAGUCUGAGAACCUCUAUAUGCCACAGGUGAGUCCCUAAAAAGAAAAAAAGAAAUUUGAGGGGGAAGCUAGAACUCUACUAAUUUGUGGAGGUAUUUGUGGUAUGUUGUUAAGUGAAAAGAAAAUGUCAGAGUAAUGUAUAUGAACCUAUUUUUUUAAUUAAAACACCUAUAUAUGUAUAUAUGCAUGUGUAUGUUUAUAAGAACAAACAGAAAAGCUUGGAAGGAUAUAAAACAAGGUGUUAAUUAACAUUGGUUACCCUGGUGGGAAUGGAAAUUUAUUUAGUUGUUUAAUGUAUAUAUCUUUGAAUUGUUUUACUUGUUACAAUAUUGCUUUUAUAAUUUGAAAAACAAAAUAAAGGGGGGGGGAAGUGUUUUGAAAUACA